AUGGCUUCGCUCUCAGACCAGUUAGAUGAAGUGAGAAGACGGGCAGAGUUUAGUUUAUCAUCUAACAGUUCGGCGCAGGAGGUCCGGGCAGGCGUGUGCGCCUUGGCCAAUAUCCCUCUGCCUCCGGCAGCUAAAUACCGCUACAUUGCCGCAGAAACCAUGGUGACGGAAAACAUCUCUGGAAACAACAAGAAAGAGACCGUUAGUUCCCUGCAAAGAUUAUCGACAGCUCUCAACAUUCUGGAGAAGUACGGUUCAAACCUCACUAACUCUAGCAGGCCAAAGUACUGGCGUACUGUGAAACACAACAACCCUGUCUUUAAGGCCACGGUCGACGCUAUUCAGGGUGGACGGGCGGUGCUGUGUCUCUAUGGUUACACCAAUCAGCAGCUAGAUGGCCUGAGCUUUCCAGAUGAUGUCCUAGAGCCAGAUGUUGGGAAGGUGGCAUCCGUGACCCUGGAGGUCAUGAGUCUACGGAUGGAGCUGGAUAAGCUUAUUAAGGAUGCACACCCCCAUCCAGAGUUCUUUGAGAGACUCAUCCCUUCACUUAAUAAAGAGGAUGACCCAGGGAUCAGCUCAGAUGAGUCGACGUCUCCGUCCAGUGAGAGACCAUGGGAAAGAGACAUGCAGCCUGUUUCUGCUCCCUCUCAACCCAAAGUGGACCACAGUCCAGGUCUCACGUAUGCCUCUCUGACCCCCACUAACCAAACAGCCCUCCCUGCAGAAACCUGCACCAUUUGCCGUAUAUUUCCAGUCUCCGCCCACUGCCCCACAUGUGUCCAAUGGUUGUGCACGGAAUGUGACAGGCUGUACCACUCCAAUUCAAAUCGCGCAAGUCACAACAGGAUUCCGGUCACCUCUACCCAAACAUCAAAGAGCGUGAGUUCAUCUCUGUCCACCUGGCAGUGUCAGCACUGCACUACAGUCAACAAACUUCAGGCAGUUCUGUGUGAGACCUGCGAACGCCCUCAUCUGGCCUCUGCUGCCCCCUCUGCUCAGGAGGAGCCAGCGCAGCCAACUACCCCAACUGAGUGGCAGUGUAAGAGUUGUACUGUAGUGAAUGCAGGCAGCAGUAUUCUGUGUGAGGUGUGCGAGAGGCCGCGAUUGGCCACUCGCCCGCCCGUCACACCCUCACGGCCCAACCCUCCUUCACUGGGACUGAGGGACAGCGAGUGGGUAUGUCAGUUCUGCACGUACGUCAACCACACCCCCGCCACCGUGUGCGAGAUGUGCGACCUGGCGAGAUCAGAGCCCGCCUCUUUGCUUGCCAGGCCCCUCCCACCCUCACCUGUCAAAGAGCUCCCGCAGCUGUCCGUCAGACCCGUCGCCGCGGUGACGGAAGACCCUGAUCUAAAGAGGCAGAAGCUGAUGAGGGAGGAGGGGCUUAAACUCAUUCAACUCAUUCGAGAAGGAGAGAAGAAAGGAAUAAGCCCAGAGGAGGUGUACGCCGGCAUCCGUGUUUCAGGAAACAGCACCGUCGUGCCCUCUGAUUGGCUGAAAACAGAGCUGCCUGCGAUACUGGAUGACAUCUGUGCUAUGGCGGCGUCCUAUCGGCCUGAGCCGAACGUGGCGCCCCCUGCAGGCCUGAUCGGGGUGGGGCAGGACGGGCUGCUGGAGGGACAGAAAGGGAAAGGUGUUUUGUUGUCCAGGGCCGAGGCCAAACAAGCCUGGCUGACAGCAGGGGGCGACGCUGAGAAGGCCGUGAUACAAGCCCUCAGAAACCGAAAAGCUAAGCUGAAGGAGCUGAAGGCUCUGGGCUUUGGUGACGUGGUGCUGUGUGAGGAGGCUCUGAGGCAGAGUGGGGGAGAGGUCAGAGGGGCUCUGGCCCUGCUGCAGCGCCCCCUGCUGGAGCCAUUUCACAAACGCAUGUGGAGUGAUGAACCAGAACCGCCAAUUGACAUAAACUACCCUGACAAACAGCGUGUGUGCCGUAGGCUGCUGGCGGUGUAUGACUUGCCCAGUUGGGGGCGCAGUGAGCUGGCCUUGUCCCUGCUGCAGGAUGCUGCUGCCCCCUACACUCUGGAGGACGUAGUACAGGCUGUCCGUGAGUCACAUGACCGAGACUUCAUUCGCCGCGUCCUGGCCAAAGAGUGCCCCAUUUGCCUGUCUGUCUUUCCCCACAGCAAGAUGCAGUCUCUGACGUCAUGUCAGUGUUCAGUGUGCUGUAGCUGUUUUAAGCAGCACUUCACCAUCGCAGUGAGAGACAAACACAUCAGAGACAUGGUUUGUCCCGUCUGCUGGGAGCCCGACAUCAACGACCCUGAACACCUCAACAGUUACUUCUCCACUCUGGACAUCCAGCUGAGGGACUGCCUGGAGCCAGAGGUUUAUGAACUUUUCCAUAAGAAGCUGACGGAGCAGGCGCUAAUUAAAGACCCAAAGUUCCUGUGGUGUAGUCAUUGCUCGUAUGGUUUUAUUUACGAUGGGGAUCAGCUGAAGGUUACCUGUCCGCAGUGUAGAAGGAGUUUCUGUGCCCAGUGCAAGAAACCAUGGGAGUCUCAGCAUGCGGGCCUGUCGUGUGAACAGUUCCAGUCGUGGAAGAGAGAGAACGACCCUGAGUACCAGAGGCAAGGAUUGGCCGGUUACCUCCGUGACAACGGCAUCACCUGUCCUAACUGUAGGUUUCAGUAUGCUCUGGCCAGAGGAGGAUGUAUGCAUUUCUGCUGCUCCCAGUGCAGGUACCAGUUCUGCAGCGGCUGUAACAACCCUUUUCACACGACGUGUUCAGUGGCUCAGUGCACUGUCACUGGUCUGCAUGCUCAUCACCCCAGGGACUGCCUCUUUUACCUCAGAGACUGGGAACCUUCUAGACUACAGGCUCUACUGCAGAAAAACGGGGUUGCAUUUAACACGGACACUCCACCUGGUACACAAGCCGGUGUUUGUGGUGUAAUAGAACAGAAGGACGAGGGCAGUCGUCAGACAGACUCGGCGUGUGGAGCUCAAACUCACCCUGGCCAGGCAGGACUGUGCGAGAAGCACUACAGAGAGUACUUGGUCAGUCUCAUUAACGGCCACUCGAUAGACCCCGCCCCUCUGUUUGACACCAAUGAGCUGGUGCUCGCCUGCAGGAGAUACCAAGUGGAGGUUAUACGGGGGGAGACCGAGGAUGACCGCUUGCAUCACACGCGACUACUGAAGAAACUCAUGGAGGAUGUGCCACUCGGUGACAAGGUCCCUCGGAAGAAGUGAAAAAUGG